GAUGGUGUGCCGUGGGAGGGAAGUUCUGCGGGUUUCAUCAGGUUCUUCGACUUUUUACGAAACUAAAUACGAUUUACGAGUUAACCAACUGCCGCGUUAAUGUUCGUUCGUAACUUCUAAACGGUUACGACCGGACAAAACGAAUGUUCUUUCUCGAUACUUUUAACGGAGAAUUGGUCGCGAAAGAAUACAGCAGGUACUGGUCGCAACACGAACGAAGCUUCAACCUUCAUCGACCGAUUUGACUGAUUUUUGAGAUCCAGUCACCGAAAACUUCCAUCAUUCCGUCAAAAACCAAGUGCCGACCCGCAGGGUGGCGAUCAUUUGAUAAGGGUUCUAUCUGCGAUAGGCUGGUAGGCCAGUCUAUUGGUGGGUGUGUGAAUAUCUGCGGCAACUGGAAGUUGGCCCUGAACGCAGAGCCCCCGUGGCUUUGCUAGCACCCCUAUAGUGAUCUUGUCUUAAUCCGCUUCCUCACGACACACCUAAUUCUCAUUGACAGCUGCCUCUUUGCUGCCUAGCACCUACAGAGUAUCUUUCAAAAACUUAUAAAAUAGUCAAUAUGAAGGUAACAAAUCUGAACGAACGUAUCCAUGUUUUGGACAGUGCGUCAAGUGUUAUGACUGUCAUCAAAGAUAUUGCUUUAAGCGGAUUGCAAGAAGAAGCUUUUUACGUACUUGAUAUUGGAGAUAUUGUACGUAAACAUCAAGUGUGGAAGGAAAAAAUGCCUCGCAUCAGCCCGUAUUACGCUGUAAAAUGUAACGACAAUUUAAUUGUAAUCGAGGUAUUGGCUGCUCUUGGUAUUGGUUUCGACUGCGCAUCAAAAACGGAGAUUAAUAAAGUAUUAAGUGUUGGAGUAGACCCGUCGAGAAUCAUCUUUGCCAACCCAGCUAAACCAGCAUCGCAUAUACGUCAAGCUGCUGCUGUUGGUGUUGAUGUAAUGACAGUAGACAAUGAAAGCGAGUUACAUAAGAUUAAGAAACUUCAUCCAGAUGCCAAGGUUGUAAUUAGAAUUCGUUGUGAUGCAGAAACAGCCCAAUGUCUAUUGGGUAUGAAAUUUGGUUGUGAUCCGAUAUACGAAGCACCAAACCUCUUACGUCUUUCGCGCGCAUUGGGACUCAAAGUCAUUGGUAUCAGUUUUCACGUCGGAUCUGGUUGUCAAGAUCCACCUGUGUUUCACCGAGCCAUACGUCAUUCCAAGAUAUUGUUUGACUUAGCAACAGAUCUCGGUUUUAAGCCAUAUCUUUUAGAUAUUGGUGGUGGCUAUCCUGGAAAUAAAGGCACUAGCAUUGAUAAAAUUGCUGAUGUCGUUAACAAAGCACUUGACGAGUACUUCAACACUGAUGCUGUUCACGUAAUUGCUGAACCUGGUCGUUUUUAUGUUGCUUCUGCAUUUACACUCGCAACCAGCAUUCAUAGCAAGCGUUCAGUGCGUGGUAACGAAAAUUCACCGAAUACAAUCACGCACAACAUGUACUAUAUCAAUGAUGGCGUUUAUGGCUCCUUCAAUUGUCUACUCUAUGAUCAUCAGCGUGUCACCCCUAUACCUUUAAAAAAAGGUUGUGGAAAGAUGAUUGCCUCAAGUAUUUGGGGACCAACAUGCGAUGGUUUGGAUCAAGUCGUCGAAAAUGUUUUAUUGCAAGAAAUGGAUCUCGGUGAUUGGAUAAUUUUUGAAAAUAUGGGAGCGUACACGUUACCAGUUGCUUCGCCAUUCAAUGGAUUCCCUGUACCCAAAGUUCACAUUGUUGCUGACGAAAACAUUUGGCUUCUGUUAAAAGAUGCGUUACCAUUGACAGAAGACCAUUUUGUCAUUGGUAAUACUCCAGCUAAUUUACGACUUGGUCUGGAUAUCAGUGGAACUGAUACCAAUGGAUGGCGAAAUCCAAACAUUGAAUUGACAUCGACUGAAAUCUUAGUUGACGCUACUAACACUCCAUCAUCAUUCAUUUUCGAAUACGUUGAAGUUGAUCCUUUGAAUUAGUUCGAACGCACCGCAAUGACGACAAAUAUAAUCAGAAAAGUGCUCGGUGUUUGUAGCGAGAAACCACAUCUUCAUUUUGCAUUGAGAUGAUCAUGACAUAACUCGAAAUUUGUGAUCAUGUAUUUUAUAAUAUUUAUUUUGUUUAGCUUAAAAUCAAAAAACAUAAUACCAAGGGUAUUCAUGA